UAAAAACACUGCAAAACAACUCUUGACUUAAUAGUUAUAAUUAUAAUACAAUCGUAUUAUUAGUAUAAUUACAAACGCAUAGAAAUAAUGCAAAAACAAAUACUAAUCGUCAUUAGUAUCAUCGGUUUGGUGGUCGGCCGUGACAUUAACGGCGCCGGACUGGCACUCAUCAAGCAACAGGAGGGCUGGAGAGCCAACUACUAUUACGAUCAAAUCGGUCAAAAAACAAUUGGCUAUGGACAUUGCUGCGUCUGGCACCCGUGCGAUCAGCUGCACCCACCCCUAACUGAGCAACAGGGUUCCGAUCUCUUGAGAGCUGAUCUUGGUGAGUUCCAGAAUUGUAUCCAAAAUGCCGCCCCUGGACUUAAUGACAACCAGUUUGCUGCCUGCACGUCAUUUGCCUUUAACAUGGGCUGCGGUGCGUUCACGGGGUCACACAUAUUGUCCAACAUUAGGGCCAAGAACUUCAACGCCGCCGCCAAUGCCUUCAAUGAGUACACUUCGAUGGGCGGCCGUGUGAUCGCCGGUCUCGUCAACCGUAGGAAAGCCGAGGCACAGCUGUUCCGAUCGUAGAUACCUGUCCACCAACAGUGUCUCACACG